CACAUAAGCGCAACAUAAACACGUAUUUUGACGCAUGAAAAGUAAAAGCUACAAUGCUCAAACCGGCAAAAUGCAAGACUUUUUCUUCUUCUUUUUUACACAAUCUGCGGGUGCACUAUAACUCACUAUUGCCUAUUGAAUAAAUGAAAUCGCUUGUUGCUUUACAGGAGAGAAAAGUGACACUUUGUGUGCAGCGAAACGAAAUCUGAGUGCAUAUUGGAUCUAUUGUCCGUUUCUUAUUCCAUUCUCAAAAUCACAAAAGCAGGCAAAUGGAAAAGUUAACUAGAAAAUGUUGAUAUAAAAAGUCUAAUAACAAUAAUAACAAUAAUCAUGUGAAUGAAGCUUGAAAAAAACUAUAAUAACUUUAAGAUUCUUCUCCAAUUCUCCGCAACAGACAAACGUAGAUUUGAAAUAUUUGUUAGAGUUAUCUAAAUAGUUAAUUUAAAAAAAUUCGAAAUUAGUAUUUGUGAUUACUGCUUAAGAUAUUGGGUAUUCAAAACUCGUGUCAAGCUACCUUGCUUAUUUCUUUCUGCCUUUAUACGUCAUUGCACGAAUGUCUUGGAGAUAUAAGUGAUAAACGGGAACAAUAACUUGCGAAAGAAAAAAAAGUUUGGCCUUCUCUGAUUUAGAUAAAUUAAAUAACUAUUUAAAGCGAAAUACUAUAAUACAAGCGAUGCAAUCGGAUAAAGCACCUUUUAACUUCAACUCAUUUCUACGGUCAAGGAAACGCCGGGAUUUAAAUAUUUGGAACAGAAGUGAAAAAGAGGACGAAAUGUUUGUUUCGGAGCCAAAAUCAAGAAGAGUUUUUGAUCUCAAAAAAAAGGAUGCUAUUCAUAUCAGUUUGAAAUAUGCUCCAUUUUUUAUCGCUUUUUGGGCAGUACUUUAUUUAUCUAUAGUAAGAUCCCAGGUGGACAGGCUGCCUAAGCCUCUUUAUCGCGUAGAUGAACACAUUAAUCCCGAAUCAUUUAUAGCCGAAAGAGCUGAAAUAACAUUAAUUGGUUUAACAAGUAUUGGUCCACGCGUAGUUGGAAGCGUUGCGAACGAGGUGACAGUUCUAAAAUUUUUGUUAAAUGAAAUUGAAAAAAUUCGAACGGAAAGUAGUGAUUAUUUCAAAUUUGAAAUUGACAUCCAAGAGGCUACGGGGAAUUACGUUCAUUGGUCCAUGAUCAACAUGUAUCAAUCGAUUCAGAAUGUAAUAGUAAAACUAAGUGCAAAAAAUUCAAGUAGUGGGAAUUAUGUUCUUAUAAACAGCCAUUAUGACACGGUACCUAGUAGUCCCGGGGCAGGAGAUGACGGCUCUAUGGUAGCCAUUAUGUUGGAAGUAAUGCGAGUGAUAUGCAAGUCUAAAGGUCCUUUGGAGCAUCCCAUUGUAUUUUUAUUUAACGGAGCGGAAGAAAAUCCUUUGCAAGCAUCGCAUGCUUUUAUAACACAACAUAAAUGGGCGAAAAAUUGCAAAGCUCUUAUUAACUUAGAUGCUGCGGGCAACGGUGGUCGAGAAAUUUUGUUUCAAUCAGGCCCGCAACAUUCUUGGCUUAUGAAAUAUUAUCGUCAAGUACCGCAUCCGUUUGCCACUUGCUCGGCUGAGGAAAUCUUUCAGGCAGGUUUAAUACCUUCGGACACGGAUUUUCGUAUAUUUCGAGACUUCGGCGGAGUGCCUGGUUACGAUAUGGCCUUCAUUUCUAACGGUUAUGUUUAUCACACUGAACACGAUAAGAUAAAUGUUCUAUCUAAAGGUUCUCUACAGCAUACUGGUGACAAUGUUCUCACUUUGGCUAAAUGUCUAGCGAAUGCUCAGGAAUUAAACGAUAUCAUGCAACACUCUGACGGUCACGUUGUAUUUUUUGAUUUUCUUGGAAACUUCAUUAUAUUUUAUACCGAAAGUGUUGGAAUAAUCAUAAAUAUUAGCGUAUGUGUCAUUGCGAUAAUUGCAAUAGGAAUAUCUCUAUAUACAAUGGCUGCUGAUUCUGCCAUAUCGCUGAAGUCUAUAUUUUCGAGUUUUGGCGCCAGCUUUGCUGUUCAAGUAGUAGCUUUAGCGGUUGGAGGUGGGUUAGCGCUUCUUAAUGCACUUUUUAUGGAUGCAAUAGGCAGUGCAAUGAGCUGGUACUCCCAAAAAUGGAUGUUCAUGGGACUUUAUUUUUGUCCUUUAUUUUUUGGAAUGGGGAUGCUACCUGCUUGUUAUUUGGAAAAAUCGCGCAAGGACAGAUUAUUUUUGGGUUUUCGCAUUCAACUCUUAAUGCAUUCUCACUGCUUAUUCUUGGUAGCCGUUACCAUUUUCCUCACAUAUUUCAGAAUUCGUUCGGCAUAUUUGUUUAUGAUGGCCGUGCUCUUCUAUACAUUAGCGCUUAUAAUACAUUUAACAGCUAAAUGUUAUCGAAGUGUUUACCGGUUUGGUUUAAUUAUGAUGGUUUGUCAAAUUUUGCCUUUUCUCUAUUACACCUCAUUAACUCACAUUAUUUACGAUGCAAUGGUACCAAUGGCAGGACGUUCGGGGUUGUCUUCAAAUCCAGAGAUAUUCAUGUGUGGAAUUGCAAUUUUCGUUACUAUACUGUUUGCAGGAUUUAUUAUACCACUGUUACUAUUUUUCCGAAAAGUUCGUGUCUUGUUUAGUAUGUUCUUGAUUGUGACAUUCCUAUUUAUAAUAAUCGCACUUACUCCUUUGGGAUUUCCUUAUAGAGCUAAAACAGCCUCUCAAAGAUAUGCGUUGAUUCAUGCGCAUCGUAUAAUCCACGAUGCAGACAAAACAACGCGUGUGAAAGAAUCUGGCAUAUAUGUGUUUCCUCAAGAUCGGAACGUAAAAAUCUUGAAUGAGAAUACUAAAUCAAUUGGUCAAAAACACUUGGUAAGCGACUAUUGCGCUAAAGAAAUGUUGUGUGGGAUGCCUUUUUAUAAUCAUCGAUGGUACAAGGCUAGAGAUUUUAGCUUUUGGAUACCGGUCGAAGAGGACCCUUAUAUACCAGAAGAAGCUCCGAUGCUCGUUUUGUUAUCUUCAAACCAACUUGUUGACCCAUUUCAAAUAAAUUACGAAUUUGAAUUGAAUGGCCCUGAUCACAUGACCAUAUUUAUAGAUCUCACCGAUCAAGGACGAAUAAUCGACUGGUCUUUUAAUGAAACAAUGAUAAGAGAAAACUGGCAACCACCUUACUUUAUAUAUUUCUCAUGGGGCAAAACCGGUAGACCUUUAAAAUUCACAAUCCUUGUUGAGAAAACUCUGAAGACACUUGGUAAGCCCAUUUUAGAAAUCGGAAUAGGAGGCCAUUGGACACAUGCCGAAAAAAUGCGUCCCAAGAAAUAUCAAGAGUUUGUUAAUAGCUUGCCCGAUUACUCGACUCUUACUGACUGGGUAGCAACAUACGAAAGUUGGACUUUCUAAUUACUAUUCCAUUUUUUAUUAUUAUUUUUUUUAUUUUUAAGUUAAAUUAACGAAAAUCUCUAAAGAAAGUGAAAACAA